GCGAACGUGACGAACCUUAUCCUCGGAAUGCAUGGCUACUAUGCUGUGCGUACCUGAACCCAUGGAGAACCGAACAAGAUUCCACCAAAGGUGGAAAGGCUCCGCCAUGGCAAUGGCAUUGCAGCUCGCCAUCCAAUCACUCGCCGCAAGCCUCUUCCGCUCUCCUAACAAACCCGCCACCAAGCCCCCGAGCAACGGCCACCGCCACCCGCAGGAACCAACCGGCAGCAGCAGGUGCAGCGGCAGAAGGAGCCUUGCGGCGGCGGCGGCGGCGGCAGUUGGCACGGCGCUCCUCGCGUCCCAGCUGCUGCCCCCCACGGCAGGCAUCGCGGGCGCGUUCGACCUCGACCUCCGGAUCACCAUCCCGGAGCAGUCGAGCGAGGAGGCCGAGGCCGUGGUGAGGACGCACGCGAGGAACCUGGUGCGCGUCAAGCAGUUCAUCGACGCCAGGUCGUGGCGGGAGCUGCAGACGGCGCUGCGGGCCAGCGCCGCCAACCUCAAGCAGGACCUGUACGCCAUCAUCCAGGCGAGGCCCCCGGGCCAGCGCCCCGAGCUCCGGAGGCUCUACUCCGACCUCUUCAACAACGUCACCAGACUGGACUAUGCAGCCAGAGACAAGGAUGAGCCCCAAGUGCAGGAAUGCUACGGCAACAUUGUGGCCGCCAUUGACCAGAUUUUUGCCAGGAUCAUGUAGUUUUUGCACCGGCUCGAUCGUCUAGGAUAGAGGGAGAGAUUGGAUAGACAAACUAGACAUCCGGAUUCACGUUUGCAUACAAGGAGAAUCAAAUAAAUAUGGACCGGCAAAAAGGCAUUUCUUUUGCUAUGUAGCUAGUUCUUAUUA